AUGGAUCUGGCCUUGUUACAAAGUUUCAUAAAAGAUAAAGGAGGUCUACUUUCUCAGACUAAUGCAUUGAAAAAUCCCAACUUGACAAAGGUCCACUACAAACAGAAACUUCCAAUUCUAACUUAUUCUGCUUUGAUAGGUGCUUGUGGCUGUGCUCUAUGUCUUCUCUGGCUCUUUCUGUUUUAUGAUGACCCCAAGGACCACCCAUGCAUAAGCAUCCGUGAAAAGGAAUACAUCACAUCCUCCCUGGUCCAGCAGGUCAGCUCAAGUAGACAAUCUCUGCCUAUCAAGGCUAUGCUUAAAUCACUCCCAGUCUGGGCUAUUUCCAUUGGUACUUUUACUUUUUUCUGGUCAAAUAACAUCAUGACAGCGUACACUCCAAUUUUCAUUGACUCCAUGCUUCAUGUUAAUGUAAAAGAGAAUGGGUUCCUGUCUUCCCUUCCCAGUUUGUUUGCCUGCAUCUGUGGUAUCCUAGCAGGUCACUUAUCAGACUUCUUCCUGGUCAGGAAUAUUCUCAGCGUAACUGUUGUCCGUAAACUCUUCACUGCAGCAGGACUUCUCCUUCCUGCAAUCUUUAGUGUAUGCCUGCCUUACCUGGGUUCCAGCUUCUAUGGCAUUGUCAUUUUCCUAAUACUUGCUGGUGCAACAAGCAGCUUUUCCUUGGGUGGAGUACUUAUAAAUGCCUUGGAUAUUGCUCCCAGGUAGAAUUUUUUAUGCUGUUUUUUUUAACCUUUAACAAAUAAAUAUUGUAUGUAUUUAUUGUGUAAAACAUGAUGAUUAAAAAUAUGGAUACUUUGAGGAAGGGCUAAAAUUGAGCAAAGUAACAUAUGCAUUACCUCACAGGCUUAGCACUUUUUUUUUGUGGAGCGAACACAAAAUUGAC